AUGAAGACCAGCGAGACCUGCAAGACUGGUGGGUCAGAGACGGGCGGGUUGCCCGCAGAGGAGCGGGUCAAAAGAGGUAACGACAAACGGAUUUUUGUGAACAGAAGUUUGACUCUAGAAAACAUCAAAUGCUAUGGUUUUGAUAUGGACUAUACGUUAGCAAUUUACAAGUCUCCGGAAUUCGAGACCAUGGGCUUCGAGCUGAUCCGAGACCGCCUGGUGUCUGUGGGGUAUCCACACGAGCUGCUGCGCUAUACCUAUGACCCCAGCUUCCCCACACGGGGUUUGGUCAUCGACACCUUGUUCGGGAACCUCCUGAAGGUGGACUCUAACGGGAACAUUCUGGUCUGCUCUCACGGCUUCUACUUCCUCAAAAGCUACGACAUAAAGAAGUUUUAUCCAAACAAAUUCAUCCAGAGACACGACACUGACCGCUUCCACAACCUCAGCACGCUCUUCAAUCUGUCAGAGACGUACCUGUACGCCUGCCUCAUGGACUUCUUCACCAGAUGCAGCAGAUAUGAGAAUCUGACCACAGGGUUCCAACACGGUGACCUCCUGAUGACGUUUAGGAGUAUGUUUCAAGACGUCCGCGAUGCCAUGGACCACAUCCACAACAACGGCGUGCUGAAGGACAGAACCAUAAAGAACCUGGAAAAGUUUGUGGAGAAGAUUCCAAAUCUUCCAUAUUUUUUAACAAGAAUCAAAGAUGUGGCCAAAGUGUUUCUGGCAACUAACAGUGACUACAUGUACACAGAGGCCAUAAUGAGGUACCUCCUGGAGACCUGUGUGACGACCUCUGGUCCUAGAAAACCCUGGCGUUCCUACUUUGAUCUGAUCGUCGUGGACACAAAGAAACCACAAUUCUUUGGAGAAGGGACUGUGUUAAGACAAGUGGACACGGACACUGGAAAGCUGCGCAUUGGGACGUACACGGGAGACCUGCAGCAUGGGACGGUGUACUCAGGAGGUUCCUCAGAUGUCAUCUGUGAUCUGCUGAAAGUCCAGGGGAAGGACAUCCUCUACGUUGGAGACCACAUUUUUGGAGACAUCCUCAAAUCCAAAAAGCGUCAGGGCUGGAAGACCUUCCUCGUGGUGCCCGAGCUCACCAAAGAGCUGGAAGUGUGGGAGAAGAAGAGAGGUCUGUUCGAGGAGCUCAAGCGGCUGGACGUGUUCUUGGCAGAACUUCACAAAAACGUGGACAGCACUGACCCAGAGAUUCUGGACAUUCAGUACAGGAUGAAGGUGCUGACCUACCGUAUGGACGUGGCCUACAGUCAGAUGGGGAGCUUGUUGAGGAGUGGGUCUCGUCAGACACUUUUUUCUUCUCAGCUGCUUCGAUACGCAGACCUCUACUCCACCAGCUGCAUCAACCUGGUGCACUACCCCCUCAACUACCUGUUCCUGGCCCCCCCGGUCCUGAUGGCCCAUGAGAUGACUUCAUCAGACAACACUACAGACAUGGAAGCAGUCAUUUAG